AUGGAAGAAGAGGCGUCAUGCAUGGAACUGAUUAAAUUUGGUGACACUGUGUGUACUUACGUAGACCACUUGUUUACAGAAGUUAUUCAAGCGUUUCCAAAUUCAGCCUAUCAACAGUGCACAUUUAAGCUAGAAAAUGUCAGCUGGUUGGAUGCAGUCCUGGAAUUAUGGUUUAACGCAUCAAGUAUCCGUCAGUGGUUGAAACAAAAUGAAUCUGUCAAUUUUUUACACCUUCUUAAAGGUGAUUUAAUUCGUGCAAUACAUGCCACACCAUAUAUGCACGGCAAUGAAUUCAAAUUGUUGGAUAACCAAUUAUCAGUACAUAGUAAGUGA